AUGGCAGGAAGUAGGAACCCACAGAUGUCGUUUGCUAAUCAACUCACCAUGAAGCCCCAACAGGUUCUAUGUUGCGCGUCUGAGUAUCGGGAUCUCUCUGUUCCGCCGGCGAAAACUCCGCCCCCAGCUCCGUCUCAAUCUCCGCCACCAGCUCCUUCUGAAACUCCGCCACCGGCUCCGUCUCAUUCUCCGCCGCCAACUCCUCCACGGUCUCCGCCGCCGACUCCGCCGCGUUCCCCACCACCUUCCCCUCCUCCGCAGAGUCCACUACCGAAACAAUCCGCACCGCCUCCGUCUAAAUCUUCGCCGCCUCCGUCAACUCCCCCGCCGGUAAAAGGUUCAACUCCUCCACCCUCCCCGUCGGUUCCACCGCCGGCGCCGCCGCUGCCUUCACCGCCACCACCUCAAAACUCGCCUCCAGCACAACCCGGUGCCCCUCCUCCGCUUCCACUUUCGCCUCCAAUUCCCGCCUCAACUCGACCUUCACCGGCUUCCCCUGUCACUCCACCGGCGCAGGCGACCGGUGGGCCAAGACGCCCUACACCGCCGCGAUCACUGCCGGUUUCCCCACCAAAAUCAGGCGUUGCUCCCUCUCAGAGCAAGCAUCCGUCCACGUCAUCUAGCUCCAUCAAUAGCGCAGGCGAACUUGUUGGUGUUACUCUCGCCGGGCUUUUCAUCCUCGCGUUUCUUGCUCUAGUUAUUUACUUUAUAAUAUGGAGGAAGAAAAAGCGAGAGAAUAUCUAUGCUCAGCCACCCCAUGGGAAACCUCAUAUCGAAGGAGGUGAUGAUGUGCAUUACUACGUAGAGGAUCCUGGUUUUGGGAAUCUUCAAGGUGCCAUGCAUCUAAGAACUCCUUCUGAUAACGGUCAGGGCCAGCACAUGAACCCUGGUCAGAUGGUUUUCACCUAUGAGAAGAUUGCGGAGAUCACUAACGGGUUUUCCAGAGAGAACAUAAUAGGGGAAGGGGGAUUUGGAUAUGUUUACAAGGCUUCCAUGCCUGAUGGUAAAGUGGGGGCGGUUAAGAUGUUGAAGGCUGGUAGUGGGCAGGGAGAAAGGGAGUUCAGGGCUGAGGUGGAUAUUAUCAGCCGUAUCCAUCAUCGGCAUUUGGUCUCACUAAUUGGUUUUUGCUUAGCUGAACAGCAAAGAGUGCUUAUAUAUGAGUUCGUUCCUAAUGGGAAUCUCAGUCAGCACUUGCAUGGAAAUGAAUUGCCUGUUUUGGAUUGGCCCAAGAGGAUGAAGAUAGCAAUUGGCGCUGCCAGGGGACUGGCAUAUCUCCACGAAGGCUGCAACCCGAAGAUUAUUCACAGAGAUAUUAAAUCGCCAAACAUACUUUUGGAUGAUGCUUAUGAGGCACAGGUUGCAGACUUUGGACUUGCCAGGCUAACGGACGAUGCUAAUACCCAUGUAUCUACUAGGGUGAUGGGGACCUUCGGGUACAUGGCUCCAGAGUAUGCAACAAGUGGAAAAUUAACUGAUAGAUCGGAUGUUUUCUCUUUCGGAGUUGUCCUCCUUGAGCUUAUAACAGGGAGGAAACCCGUUGAUACAACGCAGCCCAUAGGAGAGGAGAGUUUGGUUGAAUGGGCUCGUCCACUUCUCCUUCGUGCAGUUGAGACAGGUGACUUUGCUGCACUAGUAGACCCUAGGCUUGAAAAUCAAUACAUUGACAGUGAAAUGUUCAGAAUGAUUGAGGCAUCUGCAGCAUGUGUUCGCCAUUCUGCUCCGAAGCGACCUCGUAUGGUUCAGGUGUCAAGAGCCUUAGACAAUGGUGAUAAACUAUAUGAUCUAUCUAAUGGGGUGAAAUAUGGUCAGAGUACUAUUUAUGAUUCUGGCCAGUAUAAUGAAGACAUUAUGAGAUUCAGAAGGAUGGCUAAUGGCAGUUUUGGUGAUUCUGAGUUUGAUACGUACAGUACAGAUUACCGAUCAACUGUUUCAAGAGAAAUGUCUGGGCCCAGACAUGCAAGGAUGCCAUAGGGUGCAGAUAGUGAUACAUAAGUUAGAGUUUUCCAAGGCCAAAGUAGCAAUACCUAGAACAUGUCUUGAGGGAACACACAUACUAGCGCUGUAGUGAGCAUAGGCAUAUUGGAGUUUAAGGCUUCUGGUUUUAAUGAAACUAAUUCUGCCAGACACUUAUUCCUGAAACCAAAACUAAUUUCACCAAACCCCUCUUCAUGACGUUGCAUCAUCUUACAAAGCACCCUGAAAUUUUUUGGUUUAGAGAUUGGAACUAUGACCUUCCAAAGUCCAAACUUGCCAAUCCUUACCACCAUGAAAAUUGAAAUAUGUAGAGAUUGUCUUUGUUUGACUUAUGUCAAUCAAAAACAUUAUUUUGUUUCUAUGUCUUCAAUUUUUGUUCAGUUUUCUUUCCCCCGUCUUUUUUUGUUUAUAGCGGGGACAUUGAUAGGUUGUAAAGUAUAAAUUUGUUGAGUUUACUUCUUAAUAAGAAUUGUGAUAUGUAUAUACAGGACUAGGAAGAUUUAAUUUCUUACUGCAUUU